CAUCCCACUCGAUCACUAUCACUAUCACUAUCUCCGCACACAACCAAACAAUGCAAACAGCAAGUUUUCUCCAACCCAUCCCUCCAUCACCAUCACCACCACCACCUCCUCCUCCUCCUCCUCUUCUUCCAUCCCCCUCACCGCCAAAAUGUCCCUCUACUACGACGCUGUCACCAUCCUGACGGCCCCAGCAGCAGGCGGCUCCUUCAAAUCGCGCAUCUACAACUCGCGCACCCUGAAAGCCUCCCCGGCGCAAGUCUACGCCCUGAUCAUCGAAGCCUCGAAAUGGGAUCUCCUGCUGAAAGAAGUCAUCGAGCAUGCGGGGAUACUUAAGCUUGAGCCGAAGCUGACCCCGCUCCUCGCAACCCUCCUCGUGCACGACCACCUGCUCUCCAAAUCCGGCAUCGCGGCCAAAACCAGCCACCCCUUCCGGCAAGCGAUCGAGCGACACAAAGCGCGCCUACGGGGGGAAUUCACCAAAGCGCGGGUCCGACGCGGCUGCGCCACCAUCGAGGACCUGAAGUCCGUCGUGCGGAAGGAGAAACUUGCCCUCUUGGGGCCGGCGGCUGCGGCGCUGGCUGGCGCGGUGCAUCCGCGCUGGGUGAGGGUUAAUAACCUGAAGAGUUGUCUGCAGGAGCAGCUGGAUACGACGUUUCGGGGGUUUGAGAGGGUGGAGGAUUUGAGGGAGUUGGGGACCGGGAAGGAGAAGGGUACGGAGAGUAAGAAGGUGUGGGUUGAUCCUCAUGUACCGGAUUUAGUGGCGAUCGCGCAGGGCGUGGAGAUUUCGUCGUCGGCGGCGUACAGGGAGGGGAAGGUCAUUUUGCAGGAUAAGGCGUCGUGUUUUCCGGCGUAUUUGUUGCUGGGGGAUGAGGGGGUGGAUGGGGAUUUGCUGGAUGGGUGUGCCGCGCCGGGGAAUAAGACUACGCAUAUGGCGUCGUUGGUUGUUAAGGUGGAUGCUACUGCUGCUGAUGUCGAUUCUUCUGCUGAGGGAAAGAAGCAGAGGAAGAUGAUGAAGGAGAAGAAAGAGAAGGGAGGGGUUAAGCGCCGCGUCUACUCGAUGGACCAGUCGCCCGUCCGCGCCAAGAUCCUCCAGAAGAUGGUCACCACGGCCGGCGCAGAUUCACUGGUGACUGUGCUCCCGGGCCAGGACUUCCUGGCGCUGGACCCAGAGGACGAGCGCUUCGAGGGCGUCACAGGGCUCCUACUCGACCCGAGUUGUUCGGGCAGCGGCAUCGUGGGCCGCGACGACGUGCCCAAGCUGAUCCUCCCGGAGAUUGCCACGCCGGGCCAACAGACGGGGAAGAAGCGGAAGAGGAAUAAAGCGGAUGGUCAUGGCGAUGACGAGGGAAAGAAGAGUAAGAAGAAGGAGUCGGAGUCAGAGUCGGAGUCAGCCGUGCAGACCCCCUCCGCGACAGACGAGAACGAUGUCGCCGUGUCGGGCAUGGACGCCGAGCGGCUGGUCAAGUUGUCGAACCUGCAGACGAGGAUCGUGGAGCACGCGCUCGGUUUCCCGGCUGCCACCCGCGUCACGUAUAGUACGUGCUCGGUGCAUUUGCUCGAGAAUGAGGCCGUCGUGCAGCGGAUUUUGGCGUCUGAGGUCGCGAGGGAGCGCGGGUGGAGGGUGCUGAGGCGCGAUGAGCAGCCGGAGGGGAUGAGGAAGUGGGGGUAUCGGGGCGUGAGAGAGGAGAGGGUGCUUGGCGAUGGGGAUGGGGAUAUGGCUGGGAAGAUGGAUAUUACCCUGUCCGAAGAGGAGUUGGAGGGGUGUCUUCGCUGUUGGCCUGGCGAUGAUCAGGGAACGGGUGGGUUCUUUGUGGCUGGCUUUGUGAGGGACGGCGCUGUUGAGGCUGUGGAGCGUGCUGGGGGUGCAAAGAAGGCGAAGAAACAGAAGCAGGAGCAGAAGCCGAAGGAAGAGAAGCGGACGCAGAAGGAAAAGCAGAAGGAGAAGCGGGAGGAUGAGGAAGAAGACGAAUGGGAUGGAUUCUCGGAUUGAUCAUAGACAGAUCCCGACAUGUACAGAUACAAAGCGCGCAGUAUGUAUAGACCGCAUGUAUGCAUUAGAAGAUAUAGACCGGCUACGAACCCAGAAACACGCGGGCGCGAUUCCGCGCCCUCUGCUGGGU